CGAUUUGGUUUUUGAUUCUUCAAUUUCGAGGUAGGAAUACAGAUUUGGAUGGGCAACCCGGAGGGCAGUGAAGUGGUGGCAUGGCGUGGAUGGCUCAUGUUUGCCUUAAUAAUCAAACUACAUUAUUUAAAUUGAUUUUAUGGACUGUUGGACAUUAUUUUGGUUUUAUUAUGCUUCCGCGACGUUUGGACUUAUUUAAUUACUUCGAUGAACUUUGGUUUAAUUUAAACUCACUUUCUACCUAUUUGACGGGGUAUGUCGCUUCAGAAGUUAGCUGAAUUGUGUCUUCGCGAGAUUGUUCGAUUGAAUGGAGUGUCGGUAUCUAUUAUCUCCAAUAUAGGUCCCUGUUUCAUUAUAAAGUUUAGGAAGGGACUUCAACAAGUUUUGGAUCCGACCCAUCGGUUACCCGAGGGAACAAUCACUUUGGACGAUAACUUGACUUAUGAGGAGGAGCCUGUGCAGAUCUUAGCACGGGAGGUGAAGCAAUUGAGAAAUAAGCACGUGCCUUUGGUCGAAGUCUUGUGGCGCAACCAUGCCGUUGAAGAAGCCACGUGGGAGACUAGGGAUUCCAUAAGAGUUCGGUAUCCUCACCUUUCCGGUGACAAUGAUUUAGGGAGAGAGACGCCGUUGCCGAGCCGCCUGAACGCCGCCGUCGCCGUCGCCGACCGCCCCUCCUUCCCCGUCGCACAGUAGAUCCGGCCGCAACAGGGAGUGCAGCGGCGAGCUUCUCUCUUUCGAUUUGGUUUUUGAUUCUUCAAUUUCGAGGUAGGAAUACAUAUUUGGAUGGGCAACCCGGACGGCAGUGAAGUGGUGGCGUGGCGUGGAUGGCUCAUGUUUGCCUUAAUAAUCAAACUACAUUAUUUAAAUUGAUUUUAUGGACUUUUGGACAUUAUUUUGGUUUUAUUGUGCUUCCGCGACGUUUGGACUUAUUUAAUUACUUCGAUGAACUUUGGUUU